AUGUCGGAACAACUGCCAGUCAACCCGAGCAAGUGGGAUGUCGCUGCCCGGCUCGAAAAGGUGGAAAACAAGACUAUUCACAACAUUGAUCUUACUUCGGCUUCGACGAUACAGCUAGAGCAAUACUUGAUGCUUCGGGUUGCUCGGAUUCCACAUGAUACCGAGUUUCGGCCCAAUGUUGCUAUCAGUCCAAUUGCGCAUCGGACCCGUGGUCAACUGAAGAGGGUAGAGGAAGGUGUGAGGAAACUCACAUUCGAAACCCCUACGAAGCCGCCAAGUACACCAGUCUUGAAGCCGGAGCUUGAGCACGAUGAAGUCACUCCGGAAACACCACCUGAGAAGAGGUCCUAUGGACCUCAGGAGCUCCUCGAUCUGAACUUUCCUAGAACGAAAGAUGAGCAAAUCGUGAAUACCGCGCUUAUCGACUUUUUGAAUGCUUUUACGAUCCACAUGAAUGUUCAGUCUCAUUGGACGCUAUAUCGCAAGCCCUUCGUAGCUAAUUUUAGAAGUGCAUCAUUUGAGGCCCGCACUGAUGGGUGUCUAGAAGAUGGAGGUCCUAAGACUUUUGCAAUCGUGGAGGUGAAGCCAAUGGUGAGAUUCAAGCAAUCAAAUCGCAUUUCGAUGCAAGAGGCCGCUGAAAUAGUUGCCUGGAUCAAGUGUGAGCCUGAUCCCGAUGACUUUACGAGCGGUUGUGGCCUUCGUAUUCUCAUUUCCCAGGACAGGCAUGAGAUAUAUCUUACUUUCGCCGAGUACGAUGCCAACUACAUUAGAUACUUGAACAAUACGCUAGGCAAGGAUGAGAAGCCUGGAUUCCUUACUUUACAUGUGUUUGGACCUUGGGAUACCACCAGAGCUGGAGAUGUGAAACAGCUAGGUAGUAUCCUGCUGGCAAUUGCUCUGAGGGCUCAGGAAGAUGCUAGGACCUAGCGCCAUAAGAGCAGAUAGACAAUUGUGCUCGUGGCUAAUGAUGGCCGUUUCUAUGGAGCCAGGCUAAGCGCAACCUGGUCUCGCAUUCAUUCCGUAUUUUUACUCAUCAUAUGUAUAUCUCAAACCUUUCUGGUUACAAGAAAAGCUAUACAGGAGGCAGAGCAUGUUCUGGAUUUUCGUACAUUUACAAGAAUAGUCGACCAGGGAUGUCCAAUCCCACUAUUGGUGAGAUGGUGUAAAUAGCGCCAUGGAAAAGCAAGACUCAAGACCCCGAGUAGGAAAAGACAGG